ACUGUUUUCUUUUCUUCCUUCAAGUUGCUGCCUUCUUAAUUCCCCCCCAGUUGGCGUGUAAUAAUCUCCCCUUUUUUGUGAAAUUCCCAGCCGUCCCCCCCUCUUUUUGCUAGGUUAAUCUCCCCUCUUCCUUUUUUUUUUUUUGUGUGUGUGUGUAAUAUAUCUGUGUGUGUAUAUAUAUUAACCAACAGCCCAACAGCCCACUUUUAUUUGUUUGUUAGAGUCCAAGUCAGCUGCAACGUUUCUUUUAAUUCCACUCUCCAAGCUGCCGGCUUCUGUAUGUGUCAAUAUAUAAAAUCAGGCCCCAUUUGAUUAACAAAAGAACUCCAAUUCUCUUCCAAUUUGCACGCAGCCCAAUGUUUUACUCCGCAAAGAAUUCUCUCCAAUUCCUCAAUUGCCCUUUUUUAAUGUCUAUAAAGUCAAUCCUCAAGGGCACUUUGAGUUCGAGUCCAAUUAAAGGUUCAACCACUUGUACAAUUUGCUUCCAGUUCAAGGUCCAAUUGAGGCCCAAUUAUUAAAUUAUUUUUCUUCAAGUCCUCAACUUUCAAAGUAUGAAAUAUGAUCUCCAAACUUUUCAUCAAAUGGCCAAUUAAUCCUUUAUUCUUUUCCAAAUGCUUCAAACUAGUCCAUCACUAAAAACACAAUGAAAGUUAACCUAAGUUAGAUAAAAAUUAAUAAAUUAACGACUUAAAAGUUUAAUAAUGUGGCAUAAAUAAAUACACAAAUUGCACUUAUCAGGUGUAUGUAUUUGUGAAUGAAAUUGAAUAUGUCUGUUAUUCAUUUAGCGAAUAAAUUUGAAUUUUUGAAUGCCUUCUAUUCUUACUUGUGAAGGAUUCAUGCUUCCUUCUGUUUGUUCAUGCCAUACGUUUUUCCUUUUUUUCAAGUGAGAUUGUUUAAUGUAUUAAUUUUUGCUUCUUUUGUUAGUGUGCUGACAGGACGUUGAUGGAUGAUGUGUGAACAUAUUUUGUUACCUUGACUGAUCUUGUUUAUCAAUUAUUGAUAACUUUUGUGUGAGAAAGGAGUUAGAAAUGGUUGGUUUGUUGUCUGGUGAGCCUUCUCGUCAUGGAGUCCAUGACGUAAAUCAUAGGAUUUAUGAGGACAAGCCACAAGAAGGUGGUGACCGCUGGUAUUUCUCUAGGGAGGAAAUUGAAGAAAAUUCUCCUUCUAGACGUGAUGGCAUUGAUUUGAAGAAAGAGACUUACCUACGCAAGUCAUACUGUACUUUUUUACAAGACCUAGGCAUGAGGCUGAAAGUGCCUCAGGUAACCAUUGCUACAGCAAUAAUCUUUUGUCAUCGUUUCUUCCAGCUUCAGUCCCAUGCAAAAAAUGAUAGGAGGACGAUUGCCGCGGUAUGUAUGUUCCUUGCUGGCAAAGUUGAAGAAACUCCUCGACCUCUGAAAGAUAUCAUACUAGUGUCAUAUGAAAUCAUUCAUAAGAAGGAUCCUGCAGCUGUGCAAAGGAUCAAGCAAAAGGAGGUAUACGAACAACAAAAAGAACUUAUUUUAUUGGGAGAGAGGGUUAUUCUUGGAACUCUAGCUUUUGAUCUCAAUGUACUCCAUCCAUAUAAACCCCUUGUUGAGGCAAUAAAAAAAUUUGAGGUUGCUCAAAAUGCUAUAGCUCAAGUUGCACGGAAUUUUGUUAAUGAUGGGCUUCGGACUUCUCUAUGCUUGCAGUUUAAGCCCCACCACAUUGCAGCAGGUGCUAUUUUUCUUGCUGCCAAGUUCCUCAAGGUGAAGCUCCCUUCUGAUGGUGAGAAGGUUUGGUGGCAGGAGUUUGAUGUCACUCCACGCCAAUUGGAGGGUCUGUGUUUAGAUUUCCCUUGGACAGCAGCAUGCAGAUCAGGGUCGUGGUCUUGAGAUAGUAUCAAUAUCAUGUUUUUGUAAUUGCAGUCUCACCUAGCUAGAAUGCAGGAUUAAUUUUAUUUUUUAUUUUUUAAAGAUUGUGUUUUGAAUUAAAUUUGAUUUCUCACUGAAAUUAGGGAAGUCGAGGGAUGAUGUAUAUAAUAGGAAUGCUAUAAUUUCAUUGCACAUUAAAUUCUGAAUUAAUUAGAGAUAUUUCCUUUU